GGUGGAUGUCAAGUAACGGAUACUUCCGGAACGGACUUUCUCUGUGCAGGUCCCAGGAACGGUUUUGCCAAGUCAGACUCAUGACACAAGCAAUCUGAAUAUUGUUUAUGCAUAAUGAGCUGGCAGUGGCAAAAUAAAGGGUCCAAUGACAACUUUGCUUGGUAGUUGCUACGUCCAAGGAUGCCGCUAGUGCUAGUGGUACAGAAUCGUAGGCUGCAUUAUCUCUCCUGCGUCCUUCUCGUCCUAGCUUUUUCAACCAGCGUCAUCGGGCAAACAUGCUCGAACUACGGUGAAACUUCUCCAUCCAACGCCUCGAGCUGUCUCUGUCCUCCGGGCUUUGGAGGUGCUACGUGUACCCAACCAGGAUGCGGUGGUACCAUAUUUGAUGGUUCGAGUCGCUCUUUAGCUCAACCAUCUGCGUCAUCGGCUGGCUUUGCAAAUUUGACCGCGUCCGAUUGUACCUGCGAAAACGGAUGGGGAGGAGUAGGCUGUAAUGUCUGCGCUACCUCUUCAGCAUGUCAAGUCGCAUAUGCCGCGGUCAAUGGCAAUGCAAGUGCAAUCUCGGGGCUUGACGGUCUAUCUGGUUUAAAUGACACUAUGGUUUGCAAUACUGCCCCUACUGUAUGGGCAGCUGGCGAACUCAGUUGUCAAGUUAAUAAUCCCACCUUAGAGGCGAUAUAUCCUCUCCGAUCUACUCUCAAUAUUCUCCGUACUCUGAAUGGCUCUCUAUCACCAUUGCACAACACCAGCGGGACGUUAUUGUCGCCCUCCACUAACUCCUCUAUCUAUGCCCAACUUUUUUAUGAUGGCGUCGAGCAGUUCUUUUGCACUGCUUCGCCGUGUACCCAGACGCUAUCCGACUCCACCACCAGUUCGGGCAAUACCACCCUGAACACUUGGACGUGCCAAAAUCUUUCAUGUGACUGUAUCCAAAAUGCCACAUUCUGCGGUGGUGUGCCGGUCUCGAACCUUACAAGCACCAUCGGCGGACUCUCUGGAACAUUGGUAAUUGCGUGCGAUAACACCAAUACCUGCCAUUUUCAACAGGAAGUCAUCAACAAUGUAUUCGGAAGUGGGGGUUUAGCCAUGGAAGGAUGCGUCUUUGGUGAAUGUGUCACUCAGGCCGUCAUUGACACAACAAACGCUACUUCUUCCACUGCAGUUGCGUCGGGUGGAACCCAACUUAGUGGAGGAGUUAUUGCAGGACUCGCUGUUGUCGGGGCAAUAAUUUUGUUUGGGCUAGCAGUUGUCGCGUGGGGCUGGUAUGUCCAACGAGUGGCGAAAAAGUUACCUUUCAAUGGAGGUCAGAGUGGUGGAAUCAGCGUUCGGUGGUCCGACGUUUCGUAUAUCGUGCAAUCCCCCCAAAAAUCGCUAUCCUCCCUGAUUUCCAAGCCACAUAUCCGCGGGGGAAAGACCGUCCUCGAUGGUGUCACCGGGGGCAUCGAACCAGGCGAGCUCAUGGCAAUCCUUGGCCCCAGCGGAGCAGGAAAGACUACUCUUGUCGAACUCAUCGCCGGGAAGACAAAAUCAGGCAAAUAUACAGGGUCUAUCACGUUCCCUCCUUGUGCUCCUGGACAUCGUCCAAGGGUAGCAUUUGUCCCGCAGAACGACAUCCUUCCUCCGAUGCUGACUGUCCGCGAGGCCCUUACGUUCGCCGCUUCCCUGCGCCUCCCCGAAUCUCUUCCAGCAGCCUCGAAAGCAGUGCUUGUCUCUACCGUCAUUUCCAAGCUAGGUUUGGAUGGCGUUGCUGAGACUAGAAUUGGCGCGACUGAUGGGACUGGUAGAGGGAUCAGUGGUGGAGAAGCUCGUCGCGUAAGCAUUGGGCUUGAACUCGUUGGCUGCCCGGAUGUACUCGUUUGCGACGAGCCGACCAGCGGACUAGACUCUGUCAGCGCGUGGAGGGUUGUCAAUGUGUUGAAGGAACUUGCACGUGGAGGUGGAGUUGCUAUAGGUCAUCAAGGCCCACAUGGACAUCGAAAAGGCGUGGCGGUGAUCUGCAGCGUGCAUCAGCCGAGUUCACGGCUUUACCACACCUUUGACUCCGUUCUUCUCCUUUCUAAUGGGCGCGCGCUGUACUCAGGGCCGGGCGGAUUAGCACCAGCACAAUAUUUCAUGCGCAUGCGAGAAGGGGGAGGUGCCGGGGCUGAUGUCCCACCAUACGAAGAGGGCUACAACGUCGCAGAUUACCUACUCGACAUUGCGAGCGAGACUCCUGACAUCCCCAGCAUGUCACUAAGUACCGACAUAUCUGACGAACCGAAGGCAAGCGUUAGCGCCGAGGAGAAGAGCGACCCAGGAAAGGACGUUGAAGCCCUCUCUACCCAGAAUUUGGAACCGGGCAUGUAUGCGGCGACAUUCCUCACGCAGGUACAAGUACUUUGCGGGCGCGAAUGGAAAGUUUUGAGAAGAGACAAGACCUUGUUUUUCACGCACGUGGGUGUCGCAUGUGUGCUCGGCGUAUUUUGCGGUGGUCUCUACUAUCAGACCGGUUUAACUAUCGCCGGAUUCCAGGCCAGAGUCGGGUGCCUUUUCUUCAUGGGAUCUCUCAUCGCGUUCUCAUCCCUCAGCGCCCUCUAUAAUAUCGUUGAGAUACGACCGCUGUUUCUUCGGGAGAGGUCAAACUGGUAUUACAGCCCAACAGCUUGGCUUCUUUCACGUCUGAUAUUCGACGUCAUACCCCUUCGUAUUAUACCUACCAUCACUGUGUGCACCAUCACAUACUGGAUGGCUGGGCUAGCACACGACGCCGUUCAUUUCUUCAAGUUCCUACUCAUUAUCGUCCUGUACACGCUAGUCAUGACGCUCUUUAACUUCCUUCUAGGAACGCUAUUCCGCAACGGCGGGAUCGCAAUUCUUCUUUCCGCUCUUUCUGCCCUCUACCAGAUGACUUACGCUGGUUUCUUCGUCCACCUGGCUUCGAUACCGCCUGUGUUGCAAUGGCUGAAAUGGCUUUGCCCACUCAAUUAUGCCCUUGAAGCUAUUUCGGUAAAUGAAGUAGGUUCAGGACUGAUGAUCCAGGAUACUUUGCAAGGCGUACCCGUCAAUGUAUCUGCGGUUAUCAUCAUGCAGCUGCUGUUUGGUUUCGGCUUGAACAAUUACUAUAGAGAUGUUCUUGUGUUGUUUGCUUUUAUAGCUGGGCUUGGAGUCGCUGUGAUUGCUGUGGUCUGGUUGAAGGUGAGAGAGAGGCGGUGAUGGUCGGCUUUGUGAAUAAGUUGCUUGCAUCCCUUUCGACAUAUGUUAGAUCUUAUUGACUUACUUUCGCGACUAUUUAUAUGUCCGUUGCUAAUAUUAUGUGGUUUCGUUAGACCGUUUAUCUAGCGUUCAUGAUAUUCUGUGGGAAGCGAUUGAAUGGUGCAUCUUGACAUUUUCCUUUUUCUCUUCUGGCUUGCAUCGUCAGCCUCGAGUUGUUUCAGAGUGAGGGAGUU